AUGGCAAAGUUCAUUCCUAAAAUAAAAGAAACAAAACAAAGAGAGAACGGCAACAAAGAAAACAGCAACACAGAAAACAGCAACAAACGCAACAGCAACACAGAAAAAAGCAACAAAAUAACAGCAACACACAAAGAACAAUAUCACAGCAAACAACAACAAAGCAAACAACAACACAGAGAACAGCAACAAAGAAAACAGCAACACAGAGAACAACAACACAGAAAACAGCAACACAGAGAACAGGAACAGCAACACAGAGAACAGCAACACAGAAAACAACAACACAGAGAACAGCAACACAGAGAACUGCAACACAGAAAACAGCAACAAAGAAAACAGCAACACAGAGAACAGCAACAAAGAAAACAACAACACAGAGAACAGCAACACAGAGAACUGCAACACAGAAAACAACAACACAGAGAACAGCAACACAGAGAACAGCAACACAGAGAACAGCAACACAGAGAACAGCAACACAGAGAACAGCAACACAGAGAACAGCAACACAGAAAACAGCAACAAAGAAAACAGCAACACAGAGAACAGCAACAAAGAAAACAAGAACAGCAACACAGAGAACAGCAACACAGAGAACAGCAACACAGAGAACAGCAACACAGAGAACAGCAACACAGAAAACAGCAACAAAGAAAACAGCAACACAGAGAACAGCAACAAAGAAAACAGCAACACAGAAAAACAGCAACAAAGAAAACAGCAACACAGAAAACUGAAACACAGAGCAAAGAAAUAUAG